AUGGCCGCUCCCAAGGCCCUCAAUCUGCCAGAGCUCGUCGAGGGCAUCCUCGCUCACCUCCCCAACGGCGAUAUCCUGCGCCUUCAGGGCAUCAACUCCACCUGGCAUAAUGCCGUUCAAGACUCCCCGCUGCUCAAGCACAAGCUCUUCCUCCCGGGAGCGCUGCAGAACGUGGUAGCAUCACCUCUCGUCGCGGUCAACCCUCUCUUCCGGCACGACGAAUUCGCCAUGCCAGCGGCCCCAAUGGUCAACGGAGCGCCUUACGUUACAAUGAAUCACUGUCUUGUGUACUGGGCAGAGCCAUUCAAGUUACCAUUCAAGACGGGUGCAUGCCGCUACCACGAGAGAAUCGUCAGAAACAGCGUUUCAGCUGCGUUCGAACUCACUGGAGUUACACGCGAGAACGUCCUGGCCAUUCGACAGUACAUCCCAGCGUCCGCACAGUCUAUGCAUCUCGCCAGAUCCGCCACACCCAUCGACAUCCAUCUGAGCUACACCAUCAAGGAGAAGUUCAAUCCCGCCAUGACGCAAGCACUAGACGCAUCGAAUAUCAAGAUCAAGAAGAAAGGCAUCAUGACAGCCAAAAUAACGGUCAGAUCAUGUACGCUGGAAGAGCUGUUGCUGAGCCUCAGUCGCGGCGUCAUUCAGUUGGAUACCCUUUUUAUGAACAGCCUGGGUAUGGCGAGCUUCUCCGCUGCCGUGCGAGCGAUGAUGGGGCCUCGCAAAGCCGCGCUAAGGACUAGCGCCCACAAGUUGACUUAUCUUGUUUCCAUCACUCUUCUCUCAACCAACACCAGCAUCCAAACCGCUGUCGUCGUCGUCGAUAGCAUGAUCGCCACAAUCAUGACGGAGAAGGCAUCCACAAAGGCCUGCAGGCUUCCCGAGAUCGUAUUCAACAUCCUCCGCCAAGACCUCGACGCCCUCACAAUCCUGAAAGUGCGCAACGUAUGCCACACCUGGCGCAACGAAAUCGAUCAUUCCAACACCCUGCUCGAGAAGCUCUUCUUGAAAGUACCCAGAAGCUCGCGCGUACCACGCUCGUGGAACAUCAUCCUCCCCGGCUCCUGGUCCAAUCCUCUCCUCAAUCACUCCCUGCGCUCUCCCAUCCCAUUUCGACGUUUCAAGUUCAAGGCACCCCGCUGGGCUUGCCCAAUCAGCAUUUCCGGCGACCAGCAGAUGUGGGUGGAAGGCAUGGUGUCGACGGGAGGGAACUUGGUCUGCAUGCAGCCAUGGCGAAAGGAUAUUCUAGGCCUGCUGGAGACGACCCCUCCGAAGAUCUUGAACAUGUACCUCACAACGCCAGCGAUCGUCUCCAGUAUCGAGCUCUACCACGUCCUGGUCCCGCAGCAGCUGAGCACUCGGUACAGGAGGGUUGCCGUCACUGCACGCGUCCCGCUAUCCUGUGCCUGCACGCUGGGAGAGUAUCUUUUGCUCUGCCAGGAGCUGGCAGACCGGCAACCAUCACUGCACGAAGUCUACGGACACAUCAUCAACGGCGCAUAUCACCAGACUCGAAUAUCGUUCACCGACGGGUCUCACAAGCAACCUUUCCAAGGCAAGAUGUAUGGACGUGAGGUGGAGUACGAGUUUCAGCUGAUGCCCUCAUCCACGCGCCCGCGCCGGUACUCGGCUCCCUCUCCCAUCACAACAGCCAACGUCGAAUUCUUGAAGGAUACGCCGCUCCCCGCGAUUCCAUCUCUACAUGCGUUAAGGAAAGAGAAGGAGGGACUCGCUUCUGCUAGUGUGUUUGAUACCCAAGAGCUCGUCGACAAGAUACUGGCAAAUCUCCAGGCAAAGGAGAACAUCAGAAUCCAGCAUCUGAACAAGAAGUGCCACAAAGCAGUGGCCAACAACUCAACGGUGGAGAAGAAGACCUCGAAGCAGAUUGACUGCGAGCCUGGCUGGGGUGUACCACUGUACUCCCGUUUCAUUGAGCGUCCACUUGGAUUGGACGAGAGUUCAGGCGAUUGGGACGAGGUCGAUCAAGACGAGACGACACCUUCGCCAUCAGCCGAGCCCUACCCGCUUGUGCCUUGGUAUGAGAUCCUCGGCUGGGAAUGGACACCAGACCGACCUUCAACAUCAGUAUCGCCGACGCGGGAGUACUCUCUGAGAACCGGCCACAUCUUCGACUCCUUCGUCAUCGACAUGCAUAGACUGUGCCAGAACCCAUGCAAAGAGCUGCCACCACAGACCUGGCCUGCACUUCUCGACAUGGUGCGCUCUCGUCCGACUCGAUCCUGCUUCAUCUCCCUCCACUAUCCCAUUUGGGACCCCAUGAUGCACCAAUGCGAGCUUCACCCUAUCCCACGCUAUACGACGAGGUAUCAAGAACUCCAUGCUCGUGCAGAGGUCGACGUUACCCAGCCCGAACAGUGGCUCAACGUCAUUGACGCCUGCGUAAAAUAUGCGCCAGAUCUGGAGGACGUGUUCAAGUACGAUGUCGACCAUGCCCGACCUACGAAGCAUCUUCAUCAGAGCAGAUGUCAGUACCCGUGGUCGGUACAGAAGGCUCUUGCCAGCGGUGUCGACUACACUUUCGUACUGAGCAGAUGA